AUGAAAGAGUGCUUCAAUGUCCUUCGCGCUGCAGAGCAGUCCCAUUUAUGGGGAGAGCUGGUUUUCCUUUACGAUAAAUAUGAGGAGUAUGACAACGCUGUCCUCACAAUGAUGUCUCAUCCGACAGAUGCGUGGAAAGAAGGGCUGUUCAAAGACAUUAUUGCUAAGGUUGCCAACGUCGAGCUGUACUAUAAAUCCCUUUUCUUCUACCUGGAUUACAAACCUCUAUUACUUAAUGACCUGCUGACCAUUCUGUCUCCACGGCUGGACCACAGCAGAGCUGUUAACUUUUUCAGCAAGGUGAACCAGCUGAAGUUGGUGAAGCCUUACCUGAGGUCUGUCCAGAAUCACAACAACAAGUCCGUCAACGAAGCCCUCAACAACCUGCUGACAGAGGAGGAAGACUACCAGGGCCUGAGAGCAUCCAUCGAUGCCUAUGACAACUUUGAUACCAUUGGCCUGGCACAGAGGUUAGAGAAACAUGAACUGAUCGAGUUCAGACGUAUUGCUGCUUACCUGUACAAGGGCAACAACCGCUGGAGACAGAGUGUAGAGCUCUGCAAGAAAGACAAACUCUACAAGGAUGCCAUGCUGUAUGCUGCAGAGUCUAAGGAUGCAGAGCUGGCAGAGACUCUGCUCCAGUGGUUCCUGGAGGAGGGCAGGAAGGAGUGUUUUGCAGCCUGCCUGUUCGCCUCCUAUGACCUGCUGCACCCUGACGUGGUGCUGGAGCUGGCCUGGAGGCACAACAUCAUGGACUUUGCAAUGCCGUACUUCAUCCAGGUCAUGAGAGAGUACCUCUCAAAGGUUGAUGAGUUUGCAGCGAAGGUGGACAAACUGGAGGAGGCAGAAAGCCAAAGGAAAACUGAAGACGAGGUGACAGAGCCUCAGCCGAUGGUGUUUGGCCAGCAGCUGAUGUUGACUUCCUCGCCUGCUCCAGUUGCUCCUCAGCCAGCGUACCCGGGCUAUGGCUACCCCCCUGCUGCCGCUGCAGGCUACCCUUUUAACACUGCACACCCACCUAAAAGCACUCCGGCCCCUGAGCGAAGCUGGAGGUAA